AGGAAAGCGGCUCAUCUUCCAGCAACAGGACCAUCGCUCGGAGGGAGAUCUUCCAAACCAGGACUAUUUGGGACUAUCAGCCCACGAAAACAGACAUGAAUUCUGUGUGUUUUGCCGCUCCUCUUUCUAACACAAUGAAGAUGCAGCAGCCAAACAGCAGCCCAGCUUCCCUGUGGAGACCGUGGCUCGUGACCAGAAAGGAUGCACAAACUGAAUGCCGGAGAAUGAAGCUGGCUUGUCCUUACGCCAGGCCAGAAGUACACGGCAACACUGCAACAGAUGGCAAAACGCAGUCUUUCCAGCACCCUGUCAGGCUUUACUGGCCCAGAUCAAAGUCUUUUGACUACCUCUUCAGCGAUGGCGAAGCUCUGCUCAGAAAUUUCCCCGUGCAGGCCACCAUCAACUUUUAUGAUGAGUCGGACAGCGAAGAUGAGGAAGACAGCUGUGAGGACGAUGAAGACAGCGACAAUGAAGAGUGUCUUAAACUUAACGGACACUUCACCAGCUACAACUGAGUCUUCAAAUUCAUCCUUGUUUAUAUAACUGUACGGUUCUGUGAUUUUAGGAUGCUGAGAAGUUCACAAACUCAAUAUAGUCACUGGAUAAAACCACUUUAUAUGCUCCCAGAGAAGUCAAUGCAUUAAUAAUUCAGUGUGUGGACAUCUUUUUUUCUCUCAAAACAGAACAGAUAAGUCUUGCAUAUAAGUAAUUCUUGUUGGGAACAGCAAAGUGCAUUCCCACAUUGGGAAGUGUUGUUUCAGAUGUAUCUCAGGGUUCUUGCCUUUUCUUUUUUGUACAUAAAAGUCUAUUUGUAUUCUAUUAUUCACAUGCUUAACUUAUGACUUUUGUGUAUAUAUGUAUUUAUGCCAGAUUUUCUACUUUUUUACUAUUGGGUUAAAAUAAAAUCUAUUUAAAUGAGUGCAAACCUUGUAUUUAGUUAUUUUUUGGGCUUCAGAUAAAUGUCUUUUUUUAACUGACUCAUGUUUCUUUGAUGUUGUCAGACCCUAUCUUUUGGCUAGAAGAGGGUCUGCUGUUUGUCCAGGUUUCAAAGAAAAGAGGUUUGAUAAAGGACAAUGACAAUGUCCUCUUAAGAGAGUCUGAAGAUUUGGAAAGUCACAAUCAACAAAUACCUAAUUGGUUGGUUUUAUUAGCUCUAUGAAUAGACAAUUAAAAAA